AUGCCAAAGAGAAAGGCUAAAGGGGAUGCUAAAGGAGAUAAAGUCAAGGUGAAGGAUGAAUCACAGAUAAGAUCUCCUUCAAAGCCAGAGCACAAGACUAAAAAACCUCGCAAAGAAGAGAGAGAAGAUACCCAAAGGGAAGAAGAGAAACACGGUGCUGACAAGGAUGGAAAUAACCCUGAAAAAAGUGGAGAUGCCAAAACAGACUAG